GUGGCUGCUCUCCCUGAGGGUCAGCAAGAUCUGUUUCCAUCUGUCCCAUUUCUCUCUCCAAUAGCCUCAUCUUCUAUCCCGGUUGUUCCUUCUUUGCCUGCUUGCUCAGUUUGCGACUUUGAUGCCAUGCAGACCCAUCAAGUGAAGUCCCCUGGUGUAACUUGGUGUUCCUUGAGGAUAGGAACAUGUGCUAGAUCCAUCAACCAUGUGAUGAACAAGCCAUAG